AUGGGGAACCCCAAAACAAUCCAGAGGCUCAAAGACCUGAACAAACAAUGUUCCCCUGAUGUUAUUUUCUUAUCUGAAACGAAAAACCCAGAUGAUUUCGUCGCUAAAGAACUAAAGGACCUGAAUCUCGAUGAGCAGUUCUUGUUCUCUCCCCUCACUCCGGCUUCAGGAGGUCUAGCUCUGCUGUGGAAAAAAGAUGUUGCAGUCGAUAUCCUGAUAGAUAAUCAAAACUACAUUGAUACCUAUAUCUCUUUUAAAGGGAAGAGCUUCCACAGUACCUUUGUUUAUGGAGAGCCCGACAUCUCAAAGCGUCUGCCUGUUUGGAAUUCUCUAAGCAACAUAGCGGCCAUCAGAGACUCUCCCUGGUUUCUCACCGGUGAUUUCAACGAGAUUACUUCAAACGCUGAGAAGUCAGGAGGUGUGGAAAGACCCGAAAGCUCCUUCAGCAACUUUCGAUCCUUCCUGUCUGCCAGUGAUUUGUUCGACCUCAAGCACACAGGGAACUUCCUCUCGUGGAGGGGACAGAGGGGCACACACCUUGUCCACUGUCGACUGGACAGAGCAAUGGCCAAUAGCUCAUGGUCAGAUGUCUUCCCAAACGCUCGCUCCCACUACCUACAACUUGAAGCAUCGGAUCAUAGACCUCUACUCUCUACCUUUGAUUCCAAGAAGAAGCACUCCUCAAAGAUCUUUCGGAAGGUGAUCUUGGAAACGAAGGCAGGUCUAGAUUCUGCGCUAUCAGCCAGCGUCUCAGAUGAUAAUCUUAUCGCUCAACUGCAUCUACAGCUACUCAAGGCCUACACAGCUGAGGAGGAAUUUUGGCGCCAACGAAGUCGGCUUCUCUGGCUUGCCCUGGGGGAUAAGAACACAAGUUUUUUCCACGCAUCAACAAAAGGAAGGAGAGCAAGAAACAUGAUCUCAGUUAUAGAAAACGAUCAAGGACUACCUGUUUUUGAGGAUGACCAGAUUGCUGCAGCUAUUGGAAACUACUUCUCUGAAAUUUUUACUUCCUCUGGCAACUCUGCAGUCGACGUAGUGGACAAAGCAAUCAAAUCGUGCAUCACUUCUACCACAAAUGCAACGCUAGUGCAAACCCCCUCUCCAUCAGAAAUCAAAGAGGCCGUCUUCGCUAUUCACCCCGACAAAGCUCCUGGACCAGACGGCUUCUCUGCAAGCUUUUUCCAAUCCAACUGGGAGGUGGUGGGUCCUGCCAUUAUAAAAGAAGUUCAGACUUUUUUCACCGAAGGACUACUCCCUAGAACAAUCAACUCUACGCAUAUCAGGCUAAUACCGAAGAUUCAAAGCCCUAAAGCAGUGUCAGACUACAGGCCAAUAGCCCUUUGCAAUGUAUACUAUAAGGUCAUUUCGAAACUUCUCUCCCUAAGACUCAAACCAAUCCUACAAGAAGUAAUUUCGGAGAAUCAAUCUGCUUUCGUACCUGGACGUGUUAUUACCGAUAACGUGCUGAUAACGCACGAAAUGCUACAUUAUUUGAAGAUCUCCGGGGCAGUCAAGCACUGCUCAAUGGCAGUAAAGACAGAUGUUAGUAAAGCCUAUGAUAGGCUCGAAUGGCCUUUCAUCAAAUAUGUUUUCGAGCGUAUGGGUUUCAGUAGUACCUUUGUGGGAUGGGUUAUGGAGUGUAUCACAACAGUCUCUUACUCCUUCCUCCUUAAUGAUGAAGCUGUUGGGAGUGUUGAGCCACAGAGAGGAAUCAGGCAGGGCGACCCAAUGUCACCAUACAUCUUCAUUCUGUGUGGUGAAGUUCUUUUUGGUCUCUGCAUAAGAGCACAAGAAGAGGGAUCAUUGCCAGGACUAAGAGUUGCUCGCAACAGUCCCAAAAUCAAUCACCUGUUGUUCGCGGAUGACACGAUGAUCUUCACCAAGACUGAUAGCCAUGUGUGUUCCAGUUUGGUUGAAAUCCUGCAAAUCUACGAGGCAGCUUCUGGUCAGAAAAUCAACACCUUGAAGUCUUUAAUCUCUUUCUCUAGCAAAACUCCUGCAGACAUACGGAGUAGAGUCAAAGCACAACUUGGAAUCGAGAAAGAAGGGGGAGUGGGCAAAUACCUUGGGCUUCCAGAACACUUUGGGCGCAAGAAGAAGGACCUCUUCUCCUCAAUUGUAGACAGGAUGAAGCAGCGAGCUUUGAACUGGUCCACACAAUUCUUGUCAACAGCAGGCAAAGCAGUGAUGAUACAAUCAGUCCUAUCCGCUGUACCUUCUUUCGCGAUAACAGCGUUUGAACUGCCUAUCAGCCUCUGUAAGAGAAUCCAAUCUGUCUUAACCAGGUUCUGGUGGGACAAAGAGGAUGGUGCCAAGAAAAUCUGUUGGAUCUCCUGGGACAAGAUGACACAACCAAAAGACAUGGGUGGAUUAGGUUUUCGCGAUAUACAAACUUUUAACCAUGCUCUACUAGCAAAGAUAGGUUGGAAAAUCCUUACCAAUCCGGACUGUCUGCUGGCGAAAGUACUAUUGGGCAAGUACUGCCACAAGACCUCAUUUCUAAAGACACAGGCGACAGCCUCCAUCUCCCACGGCUGGAGAGGGAUACUCCGUGGGAGAGACCUCCUCUUAACCCAUCUAGGAAAGGCAAUAGGAAACGGAGAGCCAACAUCUGUAUGGGACGAUUCAUGGGUUCAACCGGAAGCAAACCUCAAACCUUUUGGUCCUGUGCUCCAACGUGACAGAGACCUAAUGGUAUCGGAUCUACUUACAAGAGAAACUAGAGAGUGGAAUGUGAGUCUUGUGGAGAAUCUCCUCCCAGAGCUAAAAGAACUCAUCUUUAAGCUUCGUCCUAGCGUCCUAGGGAAGCAGGACUCCUUCAUUUGGCCCCUGCAGAAAUCAGGUUGCUACACCGUCAAGUCAGGAUACUACUCCACGUUCAUCACCAAGGCUCCAACUACAACUAUAAUACAAGGAGAUAACGAGAAGAGGUGGAAGAAGCUUAUCUGGUCUCGUCACAUGUCACCAAAAAUGAAGUUCUUCCUCUGGAAAGUGGGAUCAAAUGCUUUGCCUACAGGUGAAAACCUGCGUCGACGAGGUCUGCUAGCAAAUACUACUUGUAUACGAUGCGGAGAGACAGAAAGUAUCGAGCACAUCCUCUUCCAUUGCAACUUCGCAACUGAGGUAUGGAGUCUCUGCCCCUGGGAGACACCACUCGAUACAACUACGAUCUCCUCCUCCUUUGUUAAGCUGGAAGAAUCUUGGAAUAGACACCCGCUGCCACCAUACGGGUUCACUGGCAACGCCUUCCCGUGGAUAUGUUGGUUUCUCUGGAUCUCCAGGAACCAGCUCGUCUUUGAGAAUCGCCACCAAUCACCGAAGGAUACUAUGCUUCGAGCGAUCCUAGCUCUCAAGGAAUGGGAAGCCGCCCAACCACCGCGCCCAAAAGCCCCCAUUUCGGGACUAAUCAACGGCAACCAAAGGAACCCCGAUCCAGUUGAGAUCUUCUGUAACACCGACGCAUCCUGGAGCCCGAUGUCAAAGGAGGCUGGCCUAGCUUGGAUCUUCAUGGAUGCCUCAGCAAGAGAGAUAUCCCGCGACUCCUCAAAGCAAUCGUCAGUCUCCUCACCUUGCAUGGGAGAAGCUCUGGCAAUCAGAGAAGCUCUACUCCACGCAGCUUCUCGAAACUACACCUCUAUCUGUCUUCGCACAGAUUCACAAGUGCUUGUCCAAGCAAUCAACUCUCGCCGGCGCACGACGGAGCUCUACGGAGUUCUCUCCGACAUCGACGACCUAUCUUUUUCUAUCUCUUCACCGUUUGUUUCCUGUCGUUUCAUCUUUGUUCCAAGGGCCAGUAAUGGGCUUGCCGAUGGUUUGGCUAAGGCCUGCCUCGCAACCCAUGUAGUUGCUGACCCAAACUCUAUUUAA